UUACUCAAUAUGUGCUUCAGAUUUCAAAUUUGACUUCCCUGGAAAUUAAAUAAUUCAAAAUUCAAAUUUCAGUUAAACGAUAACCAUUUUCGCGGCCGAAGUUAUCGAUAUCGAGCUCAAUUUUGCGCAAACACUGCUCACCAUGCGCCUUUCGCUCUCUUAACGCUCACGUUUGUUUUGGUUACCGUCAUCUUGCACUGCAGCCCUAGUCAUUUUAUUUCAUAUGAGAAACGUAAAUAUUGUUGGUCAAAAAGAAACUGCAAUAAAACAUUUAUUAAUAGUGCGCAGCGAUUGCACAAUAAAUGGAUAGGUUAAAGGAAACGCUGGGGCGACGUCAACUCGCCGAUGAGCUGAAGCAAAAACAGGCCAUAACGGAUCAGCUGCUGCAGCGCAUUCUCUACUCGAAACGGCUGCUGGUGGAUCAUGUGGAGGCACUUGAACAAUGCAUGCAACAACAACAACUAGCAACUGCAACAAGCGGCGGCAAGCUUCAGUUGUUGACCACAAGGAAUGCUUGCAUUGUCCUUGGCAGCACAGUCUUGGAGCAUCUGAUAAUGCCACGAGGCUGGCGUUUGAUGCUGCUGCCAACUGUGCUGCUAAGCGGCACCUUUGGCGCAUUGUAUGCCGUUAAAAAUGUGUUUGUGUGUCGCAAUAAGAUGGUAGAACGCAAGCUGGAGGAGUUGAUUAAGACCAUCGAUGAGUUUGGCAACUGCAUUCGACGCAAUAUGACUUACUUUCAGGAGAUUAUCAUCAUGAAGCAAGCGGAGCUUAUAGAAUCGCGUCAAAUUGAACGCGCCUGGGAUUGCAUCACGGCGGCCAAAGAGGUGACGGAGAUACUCUACGAUGCCACGCGCAAGCUGGAAGUGGACUAUCCGCUUCACGCCAAGUUUGGCGCUUUUUAUGCGCCCAUGGAGGAGCUGCGCGAGUGCGAAUACUUUAAGAACAAUGUCACCGAUUACAGCCCCAAGCACAUAAAGGACUUUCACAACAUAUUUGCCUAUGUGCAGUCGCAGUAUUUGCUGCGGUUGGCGCUGUCCAUCAUGACGUUGCCCUCGAUCUCGCAGCUGAGCUACGAUCUGGUCAAGAUCGACAAUCAAGUACGACAGCUGGUGCAGGAAGAGGAGCAGCAUUUCAGGAAUCUAGGUCUGACCAUGCAAAACAAGAAGCAACUGGAACUGGAUCAGUUGCAUGCCGCCAAGGCGCAACAGCAGCAAAGCGGACCAAUUCCCCUGUUGCAACAUUCAUCGCUCAAGCUCAGCGCCUGCAUGGUGGCAGUGGCUGGCGAAUGCCAGGCCUUGGAUGUCACGCUGCAGCAGCUGACGGCGACGGAGGCGGCGAACAAGAACAAUGCCAAGCAACUGGUGGCCGUGGCCAACAAUAUGCGUGGCAUUGAGAAUGCGUUGGCCGUGUGCUGUGAUGAUUUCCAACGUCUGAUGCUUGUGUACAACAAGUUUCUGCACAGCAAACUGGACUUGGACGUGGAGACCCCGCGGCCAAGCAGUCAACCUGGAGCCAAGGACGAAGAGUUCCCCGAAAGCAUAUUGCGCGUGGAGUUUUCCCAGCAUCCCAAUGAGCCGCAGAAAUGCGACGACUUCUAUGCCUACAUGUACGAUGAGCACGAGGCGCAACCCUAUGAGGACGAACAACAGGCACCGUAUCCCACGCCCGAGAAGGAACUGCUUAACUUUGAGAAGCGCAUCACGAAGGGCAAAUUCAAGCCAGUGCUGCGGCAGCUCAAGGAUCGCAUUGAUCCCAUUCGUCAGGUGAUGCUGGAGCGAGAGCGUGAAGUGCUCACUGCCAAGGGCAUCAAUGUGGACGAACUCUUUGGCAAAAUGGAGGAAGUUGAACAGGAGCAGCAACUGCAGCAGCAGGAUAAUCGCCUAACUGAGGCAACAAGACAAAGCGACUAUGAUGGCUCUGAAGAUUCAGAGUCGGACUCGGCUGACGAGCUUUACAAGCGACGCAGCAAACAAAACAAAGAUCGCGACAAUUUUGCCGAAAUGCGACAAUUCUUGGCACAAAAACAGGCUGUGAAUCUAUUCAAUUUGGAUGGUGGCCAGAUGCCAAGACCCCUGCCGCCGUUGCCAGCUGCAAAUGAAGAGGUGCUGGAAAGCGAAUGCUAGACAUAUUCACCCACAACAACAACAACAACAACUCACAACAAUUACUCAUAUUAUCUCCUCUGCCUUUGGUUUUUAUCUAGAAAUAUUUUAUGCGAUAAGAGUCGAAACAGCUGCAAGCAGCGAUUCGCACAUCGCGACUUCUCCUCGACAAAAAUUUGUCAUCAAGUUUGUUCUGUUUUCUCCUUGGUUUGCGUUGCGAUCUUUUGCUGUACAAACAAAAAGAGCCUAGCAAAAUUAUUAAACUCAUACACGGAA